AGAAGGGGGAAUAAAAGAGGAGAGGGUGUCCGAGGGAAUAGAGAAAGAGCGUUUCCACGACGAGGGAUGACGACGGCUACGUGGGGUGACGACGAGCGAUGGUGGGGCUAGAUGGUGGCGAGCAAAGCGGCGGACGGCGCGAGUUAUGGUGGCGAACGACGCCGGAUGGUGGGGUUGAAAGGUGGCGCGGCCAUUUACGCUCGUAUGGGAUAAGCUCGUGCAUCUGCGACCAGUCGGCAGGCCGCGGAAAGAAGCUGCGACGAGACCGGCGUGGUCGCCGACGGAGACGAUCGCGAAGACGACGACGACUACGACGCGAGCAAGAGGCCACCGUCACGGUCGUUCCGGAGGAGCGGAGAAGCCCCCCGGGAUAAUGAUAAUGAUGACGAUGACACUCCCGAGGAUCCGGUCGACAAGCGGAGCUACGUUCGACGCUGCGUGGACACGAGCAGCCGAGGCGAAUCGAGGCUUCCUCCGCGACGGACGAAGGCGGGAACUCGAUUAACGAACCGGUCGUCUUUCGACGAGUUCCGGAGUAACUACUUCCGAGAGGCGGAGAGCGGGAAGAGAAGUGGAAGCGGGAGGAAGAGAGGAAAAGAGAGAGAGAGAGAGAGAGAGAGGAAGGCCGGCCGUUACGGCGGAAGAACGUGGAGAAAGAGGAGAGAGAGAGAGGAACUCGAGACGCUCGUAAUUGAGUGGGAUCCGUGUUUAUCCCAUAAACGUUCGUUCGGGAAGUUGGAGCAGCACGGGAUGCUGCCGUCGCCGCCACCACCGCCGCCCCCGAGUGGCGCGCCGAGGACCCUCGCGGCGGGAAACUGGGUCUGACGAGGAUAAACUUCCUCGCGCGGGGAGACAGACGGAAAGAGAUUACGCCGGUCUGAAUAGGGAGUCGCGUAGCGAAAAGGCUCGUUGCUCCUCCUCCUCGGCGGAACAACGCUGAAACACGGCGGCCGGUGUCUGGAGUCGCGGCGAGACGAGGGUCGCGUCGCGAAUUAUCAUAAUAAAACGCCGUCGGCGCUCGCUGCGUCCACGUGGGCUAUGGGGAACGUUCGCGCGAUCGUGUCGUAAAAGGACGGGCUCGGUGGGACACGUCGAGUGACAGGCGAAAAUGAGUUCCCUGCGGAGGACGAUCAAUCAGUCGGCGCGGGAGGGCACGUCCAUGAGGCGACACGCGCUCUCGGGGCCCACCACGAAGAGCGUGAAGAACGUGAUGCACGCGAACGCGGCGCCGGUCUCGCCGCUGCGACACCGCUCCAAGUACGAGCUGCGGAGCAUCAGUUUGGAGGGCAACAAGGUGCUACCAUGGACCACCAGAUCCACCGCGGACGCGAUAUCGAGGCGAGGAGUCCUAUCGAGACGAUGCUACGGCAGCGUGGAAAUGUUGCCGCAGAUCGAGCAGGAUGGCGUCGACAACGGCAGGAGAUUUCGGGUGGAGAACGGCGACUCGCUGGGUGAAAAAGAGGAGAUGUUCGGCUCGCCGAGUACGCCGAUACUAGAGAACCCGGAGUACCAGACGCGUUGGUACUUCAAAUACUUCCUGGGCAAGUUGCAUCAAAAUUACAUCGCCUCCGAUCAAGAGAGAAAUCCCGUCUUUCUCUCGGUAGUCACGAGCGAGGUCGGUGAUCAAUGCGUGCCACAUUACCGAGUGAUUUUGUGGAGACGGACUGGUGCGCAGAAGAUAUCAUUGCCGUACUCGGCGAACAAAACUAUGACCAUCCGGCAGAUCCUCAGCAACUUCUUCGGUCUCGAGAAACUCGACAAGGUGCCGCGCGAAGUUUUCUCGCCUGAACUGCAAAAGGACUUGUUACUGCUCGAGGAGCAAGAGGGCUCGGUGAACUUCAAGUUCGGUGUCAUCUACGCGAAAGAAGGUCAGAUCACCGAUGACGAGAUGUUGUCGAACGAAAGGGGCAGCCCUGGCUUCGAGAGCUUUCUGGAGAUCCUGGGUGAGAGGAUACGGCUCAAAGGUUGGGACAAAUACAGGGGUGGUUUGGACGUGAAGGGAGACAUGACGGGUAAGGAGAGUUACUACACAGUUUACGCGGGCCACGAAGUUAUGUAUCACGUUAGCACAAUGCUGCCGUAUUCGAAGGACAAUCCACAGCAGCUGGAGAGGAAAAGACACAUCGGCAACGAUAUCGUCAAUAUUAUAUACACGGACGACCCGGCGGCAGUGGAUACAUUCAAUCCGAACUGCAUAAGAAGCCAAUUUACCCACGUGUUCGCCGUGAUAACGACCGAGGCGGACGGCAAAGGAUGGCGGGUUGCUAUUUAUUGCGACGAGACCGUACCCCUGUUCGGGCCGAGCCUACCCUGCCCGCCAAUUUUCGAGGACCCGUAUAAUCUCCGAGAGUUUCUCCUCGUUAAACUGAUCAAUGGCGAGAAAGCCACCUUCGACACUCCGACAUUCUCCAGGAAACGAGAGAGGACUCUCGACGCCCUGUUGCGAGAUAUGUACCAGGAACACUCGCAGGAGAGCAAGAGCAACAGCAUGCUAAAUCGCCGGGCGCUCUCGGACGUCGUCGAGGCGCCGGGACGACGGCGCGAGGAGACGCGCGCCGUGGAGAUGGUGCGGGUCGGACAAGCCUUGAAGCUGGAAGCUAUCAUGCGUGGUCUCGCGCCCACCUCCCUCGCCACGGUCGGUCCUCUGAAGCCCCGGCCGUGGGAGCCGAGAUGCAUCUAUCCCGAUUUUCCCCACGAGGUCGUCUGCGGCGAUGUCUGGCUGGAGAACAGGCUGAUCCUCGCCACCGAGAGCGGCACGUUCCUCAUCGAAGACGGUGUCUCGCACAGACUGAUCUUCGACGAGUCGGUGCAGAUCAAGCAGCUGGACGUGGUUGAACAGCACGGUAUACUCCUGUUUCGCGCCGGCGACAAGGGCAAGGAGAGCAGCGUCUACGUGUUCCGGCUGCGUGAAUUCGAGAGCGACGCGUCCGCGCGAUGCGCCGAGCUGUUCAAUCACGAUCGCGAGAACGACGAUCGGGAGAAAGAGGAGGAGGACGACGACGAGGACACCAUCAUCGCCGACGACGAGGACGAUCGUAACGACGACGAAUGCGACGAGGACGACGCCGACGAGUGCGACAAUUUCACGCGCGCCACCGCCAAAUUCCAGCCGGUGGGACGUCCGCGCGCACGUUUGCGCAUCCGCGCUCCGGCUGUUCGCAGUCGAGCGCAUAUCAAGGAGAGGAAGCUACGGCGCACACGGGGAUGCCACUUGUACAGCAUCACGCGGCCCGGAGGCUCGCAUCUACGCAUGUGCGUGGUCGUCGGUCGCCGACUGACGGUCCUUCAGUGGAAGCACAACGCAGCCUGGACCAUCUGGUGCUCGGCAGCGGACACCGACACCGUCGACGGCUUCCAGCUCAUCAAGGAGUUCACGGCCAGCGAGACACCUUCGUUGGUGACGAUGAUCGAGAGCACCGAUCCUUCGAACGAGUGGACACUGUGCUGCGGCGCCCGCCAUCACUUCGAGCUGAUCUCCGCCACCGGAGCUUCGAAAAUAGUCCACAUGGACUCGACGGCCAAGCCGCACCUGGUGGCGGCGUUGGACCUACGCGAGGACGAAGAGCCGGAACUCUUACUCUGUUACAACAAUACGUGUCACUUCCAAAAACUGGCGGAAGAGAACGCUGCGCCGACCGAGUUUGACUUCAACUGGAAUUCCGUGCCGACAGCCGUAGCCUGUGCCUUUCCAUACGUGAUCGCCUUCACCGAUGACACGAUGGAGAUCCGUCUGAUAAUAAACGGCAACCUGGUGCACACGAUCGCCAUGCCGAGCCUCAACCUGAUCACCUCCAAGCGGGACAUUUUCUUCGCGACCACCGCGCCGGAGUUCCUCCCGGGGAAGUGCGAGCGGAUUCGCUUGGACUCGAAACCUUCCGAGAAGGACGAGAUGCCUUGCAGCCCGCCGCCCUCUGGACAGUCUUCGUCGUCCUCACGAUCGUCCGUUCAAAGCGGCCAAAUCGAUUGGAAGCCGAUCAGGAUUUACCGGAUACCGUUGCAGACGCUGUCGAGAAGCCCAGCGUCCAACUGCAGUCAGAGGUGUCCGAGUCCCGUCGAGCCGGAAAUCGUCUCCGCACCACCCACCACCGACAGGACUUUCUUGAACGUCGAGCCUCAGCGUAUACUGAGCAGAUCCUGCAGCAGCAGCCCGACGCCCACACCGACCACGAAUAUGCCGUCGCCUAGGAAAUAGACGGCGCGCAUCUCGCUCCUCUACAAGGCGGACGAGCCGAUCAUUUACCGACAGGCUGACCACCGUGAACAGUCCUCCGAGAGGUGUUCGAUCGUCGCGAGAUCGAUCGCGAGUAAAACCGACCGCACGUACCUGAUUACUCGUUCCCGUACGAGAGAACAUACGAGAAACCUCACUGUUAUACGAUAUAAGUGCGAUCGCACGCAACUUAUUGUUCGGAUAGAUUCCGACUGAGACGGCGCAUCAACGCCUUAAUUACGGAGCUCUGUGCUGCGAUUGGUGAUUUUUCCUUCCUGUUCCUUCCCCCUCCCCUCGAGACAUUUUCGUCUCGAUAUUUCGUUAUCAUUGUUUUAUUCCGUGAAUUGUUUAUCACGACACCGCACAUUACAUUUGUUUUCUAAUCAAUUUUAAUUUCAAUCCCCCAUUGUUCCUAAUCCCCGGCCAGAAAUUCGAAUUUGUGCGCGAAAAGGCUGCGUCGAAAUUAAAAUUUCGAAGGAAGACGAAUAGUCUCGAUCGUAAAAAUUACGCUCUGCGUUCCCCUUCUUAACUGUGAUUAGUUUUUUCUUCCGACGCGAUACAACAUGGUAAGCUUCAAAGUUAGGGAAAACAUGCCGCGAGGUGUCGACUCUCUCCACCGGUCUGGAUCGAUUUUAUCUCGCGUCACCCGUAAUUAAGGGGUUAACAAUGCGAUCACGACUUUAAGCUGUUUUCGCUUUUGGAUUUUUCUAAGUGAUACUGUAUAUUGUCCACACACAGUUCCUCAUUGUUUCGAGACCGACUUUGAGCAAGUAGGACCCGGGCGAGCGACCGUAAUGGCCGACGCCGAGAAACAUUUAUGACGCACGAUUCGGCAUCGCGAAUCAAACUUAACACGUGUACCUUAACACAUACACACACAUACACGGGAAGGGCAUUUUCGAGAUGCGCGUUCGCUCGAUGAAUCACGCGUUUCUUCGAACGUAGCGGAGGCGCGCGGAGAAUGUUGUCGGAGCCGAUCGAAUCCCGAGGAUCAGGAUAGUCAGGCUGCGCCGCGCAUCCGGACUUAUAUAUUUUUAUUUAAUAAGAAUGUUGUAACACAGCGCCGGAGUGGGGUGAGAGGGCAGAGCGAGCAGAGUGGGGGAGGGAGUGUCGGGACCGUCCGACCUGUUCGAGUGUCGAUGUGUCAUGUAUAUAUAAUAUAAAAUAACGAAUAAAAUAUAUGUUACCGUUGUAUUUCCACCGAAAUAAGACGACACAAGGCAGUAUUCUUCUUCGACGUUUCUCGCGCCUUCUUCUCUUCCAUCUUCGACCGUGCACCCCGACCUGUAAUUUUGAAAUAGUCACAUGCGACAGAUUCCACAUUCGAUUCUUUCAUGUAUAUUUUACAGAUGUAUGUUGCUACUGUGUAAUAUAGUAUAUAUCAGUUGACUGAA